AUGUCGGCAUCCUGGCGCUCUGGCUCCUCUUCCUCCUUCGCCUCCUCGGCCCUGAGCGCCCCGCCGUCCCUCCCCCCGCAGCAUGCCAGCCCGGUCGACUCGACCUUCACACCCACCUCCGCCGCCAUUUCCGCCCUGACGGCCGACCCCGACUUCGCAGCGAUCUGUCUUCUGACACCCCGGCUGUCUAGAAAGCUAUUCGACCGGACGCCGAAUGAGAUGACCGUGUACCUCGGCCCUUGGGAGAUCGUAGGUGCCAAUCCGCGGCGCCUGCUGUGGCAAUGCAGUUAUGCGGGCGAGGUACUGGAGCAUUUCCUUCCGUCUGACAACCCCAACGAACUAUUCCCCCACACACUGCAUGCCCAGCAUCGCCGGUUCGGCGACCCACGGGAAAUGGAGCUCUACCUCUCCUUCUUAGAGCCGCAUCGGAUUCGGUACACCACCACCGACGGCAUAGUGCACGAUGAGUACAUCGAAGUCAAGUACGAGUUCACGACCGUCGAGGGGUCCGUCCAGCUACAGAGCGACAUCAGGAGGAGAGAUCUGAUCGAUUGGUUCGACGCUGACGUCGUCUGGUCUGACACCCACCGCAGGACAGACAACUACGGCAGCGUCAGGGGCUUGGGCACUAUUCAAAGGAUAAAACUGUGGCGGGAUAGAUAUUCGACGUUUCAUUAUCUCACAUUCUAUGCUAACCACCGACGACGCUGGAAAGAGUACCUCCUCGACGACUUUGACACAGAUUUUCGCCAGCGGGACGACCGGCACAAGCGGGUUCAGUUGGGGGCCCGCGGCGCCAGGAGAGGCAGUGCGUCCGAGAGCAGCCAAGGGCGCGGCCAGAGCCGCGAACGGCGCUUCUCGACGUCAAUAUUUUCCCGAUCUUCCAGACACAACAACCCCCCCGCCACUAAUGGCAACACAGCUUCGUCAUCCGCCCAGGGCGCUCUUGACAUACGUUAUCUCGGCAUUCAGUUUUCCCGGAACGCUAACAUCCAAGCCGGGAGCGAUGAUACCCGAUUUGCGCCUGCACUGCUCAGAGUGCGUUCCCCGAUGACUUCAAAAACCGAACCCCUCUAUGAAUUUGCCGGCAUAAUGAAGACGAUCAUCUUAUCCGUGAACGCUGGCUCCUCGUCAGUGAAGCUCUCGGUUUACACCGCUGAGCAGGGACAGUCGCCAACGCAAAUCGCAGAGGCCCAGGUGAGCGGCCUGACCGCACCUCCCGCGUCUCUCAAGUAUGAGCGGGGCGGCAAGACCGUUGUCAAGAGCCGCAAGGUGGAUGACCAGGUCAACGACCAACGGGAUGCGUUCAGCCUCAUCCUCAACACGCUCAUCGAAGACCACGACCUACAGGAGGUACAAGCCAAACACGACAUUGGCAUCAUAUGCCAUCGCAUUGUCCACGGCGGCGACUACACAAAGCCGCAGCUGAUAUCCGAUAAAACGUACCAUCACCUGGAAAACCUCAACGACCUCGCGCCCUUGCACAACGCCAAUAGCCUGCCCAUUGUGCGGCUGUGUGUCCAAGACUUUUCCUCGACACGCAACGUCGCCUGCUUCGACAGCCAGUUCCACUCCACCAUCCCCGAGCAUAUCCGCACCUACCCCAUCAACCAGGACGUCGCGCGCCGCGGCCGCCUCCGCAAGUACGGUUUCCACGGCAUCAGCUAUUCCUUCAUCACGCGGGCAACAGCCGAGUUCCUGGGCAAGAACCCGUCCAAAGUCAACAUCAUCGCGCUGCACCUCGGCUCCGGCGCCAGCGCGUGUGCAAUCAAAGACGGGAAGAGCUGGGAUACCAGCAUGGGUUUAACCCCCCUGGCCGGACUCCCAGGUGCUACGAGGAGCGGCAGUGUCGACCCCAGCCUCGUCUUCCACUACGCCAGCGACGUAGGCAAGCUCUCCCCGGCCUCGACCAAGGACCUGCACAUCUCGCGCGCCGAGGAGAUCCUCAACAAAGAAGCCGGGUGGAAGGCACUAGCAGGCACGACCGAUUUCAGCGUCAUCGCCGACGCCGACCCCUCGUCCCCCAAUGAUGAUGAUGACGACGACGACGCCAAACAAAAACGGCUCGCCUUUGACCUCCUCGUCGACCGCAUCAGCGGCUUCGUCGGCGCCUACUACGUCUCCCUGCGCGGGCGCGUCGACGCGCUGGUGUUUGCCGGCGGUAUCGGCGAGCGCAGCGCCCGGCUGCGCGCCGCUGUGGUCGAGCAGGUCGGCUGUCUGGGGUUUGUGCUGGAUGAGCGUGUGAAUGGUGAUUCGCCGGAGGGGGAUGAUGUCGUGGUGGCUGUGGGCAGGGAGGGGGUGGCGCCGCGGGUGCUGGUUUGUCAGACGGAUGAGCAGUUUGAGAUGGCGAGGAAUUGUGCGGAGGAUGCUGAGUUUUGGUGA